AUUUAGUAGUACGUUUCUUAGCGAGCACUCCAUGAAAACGUUAUAAAUAAGAUGUGUUGCUAGCUUGGCUAUUGCAAAAGAGAGCCUUAACAAUAAAGUCUUCAGCAUGCUUUCACUUAAUGUCAGAUUGAUGGGACGAAAGAGGAAGAUUGCAAAGAGAAGUAGGAAAAGAAGAUUGGCGAGGUUGAAAGCAGAGAUGGAAGGGAUAAAGAAAGAGCAAAAAAGCAUAAAUGAAGGGCAAAGGCAAGUUCGAAAAAGAAUGGAAGCCAUAGGCGAAGAAUGCCAACAACUCAGCAUUGAAACUAACAAAGUAAUCCGACAAACGGCUGUGACUCAAAUCCGAUUGGCUAUCAUGUUCAACAUCCUCAAGGCACGACAAGAUGGCGAUAUUGCUAAGGCUUCCCAUUUAACUCACUUGCUUCGGUCUGUUUUGCAUCCUAAAAGAAGAUUAAUAUAUAUUAUGAAGAAUUACUAUUAAUGUUUUUCUUUUUAAAUUAUUUGCAGUGAAACAAUGGGGAGGGCGUAAUCAAAAUAGUUGUUUAUUCAUACAACUGAAAUUACGAUGAAGUAUACUUUGGGUUACAAGUAUUUACAACUUAGUUUUUAUUUUCAUCAACUUAUUGCUGUAUUUACAACUUUAGUUUGUAUAUUCUUUUAGUUAUUGUGAUGUUUUUAAGCUAUAUUUGAUGUAAAAUAUACUUUACAUAGAAGGUAUGUUUUAAGCUAUAUUUUAAUUAUUGUGAUUUUGUUCUUCAUCCAUAUAUUGAAUUGUACUUACUUGAUGAUGUGGUGAA